AUGGCACAAUAUGUAGCAUCAAAUACAAAUACAAAUACGCAUUUAGGAUCACCUCCUCAACAAGGACAAGGUGUGCAAGGACAAGGAGGACACAAUAAUAAUAAUAAUAAUAAUGUAAUAUCACCAUUCUUUGGAUCACCUCCACCAGCUCUCAUCAUGACAGCUACACCUCAACAACUACAACAACAACAACAACAGCAACAACAACAACAACCUCUAUCAUUGGAGGAAAAGGUCGAUAAACUAAUUGGUCUAAACUCUGAAUUACACUCUCUUGCAACGAAUCAUAAAUCUCAAUUACAACAAUUACAACAACAACAACAACAACAAGUAUCACUUGAUCAUUUAGAUCAACAACAACAACAACAAAUGAAUAUAAAUAAUAUGAAUAUGAAUCAACAAUUAACGGCAAUUGAAUUAAUUAAUCGUGUAUAUACAAUCAAAGGAGAGAUUCAAUUAUUAUUAAGAGAGUUGUCAUUGGAAGCAACACAAAAGGGAUUGCUUACAGCUGUACCUUUUAUAGACCCUAAUUCACAGGCUGCCAAAGACCCUCUAUCGGUGGCCACCUACGACUCUCUACAAAAACAACUAACCAACGAAAUCAUCACCAAACAACAACAACUUUGGGAAGAAGCUUCCAAAGACAAAGAUAAAUUGGCUAGAAACGUUGAACGUGCAAAGAUUGCAAUUCGUAGAUCAACUUUAUUAUUGAAAUCAAAUACAUCUUUUUAUCACAAAUCAUCAUUUAGUAGUAAUAACAAUAACAAUAAUAAUAACAAUACAAACAUGUCACACUCUUUAGAACAUAUCUUAUUCAUGAAGUUAAAGAAUGAAAUGAGCGAACAAGAAAACAAUGGUUUAGUCAACAAGAUUGAACAAAUGAAAUCUACUAUUCCAGGUGUAUUGGCUAUUAACUUUGGAAAGAAUAUUGAAAUUACAAGAGGUGGUGGUUACAACUAUGGAUAUAGAGUAUUAUUAAGAGAUCCAUCUGAUUUACCAGUAUAUGCUGAUCAUCCAUUACAUAUUGAAUUCAAAGGUUUAUUAGAUGCUGUUAGAGUUGACGCUCCAAUCGUUUCUGAUUUCCUUAUUCCAAAAGUUAAUCAAUAA